AUGUGUCUCACUCUCGUUGGUCUUUUGUACAAAUGGAACAAGGACAAGUCCAAGAAACAAGGGGAUCAGCCUGAGGGCAACCCGGCGGACAAUUUAGGACCUCGUCCUGUAAACCCAGCGAACGUCCGUCCUCUCAAGAACCCUGCAGGCAAACGAACCCGUUCAGGCAGUUCUGCGGACGACCAAGCGCCUAUCCCCAUGGCCACCAAUCCAUAUCAACCGGCACCGCCGCCCUAUCAGAACAACGGCAUUAGAGCAUGA